UGUCAGCUACAGUAUGUCAAAGCCUUCAUUGCUGCAACUCUAGCUGUGUUUCUCACACGUUGUUAUCCUGUAUUAUAUUGCUGUAGCUGUAAUGAUGAUAUAUAUCUAUGCUUAAAGCAGGGAUGACCUGACUCUUUGCGGGAGUUUGGUAGAAUUGAAUACACCAGCUGAGUCCAGUAUUCCCCGGUGUGAUGCAUUCGCUGGCUCAGGAGAUCCAGGGCUUCUCCAAAAACCGUCUGAAGAAACAGUGCACGUGUGUUACCACGGUGACAGGCAGGAGGCUUCUGGAGAGGAGGGGUGAUGGAGGAGAGGGAGAUGAGCAGGUUGAAGAGCUGGAAGAGGAAGGCGGAUGCGGAUUUGUUGAAGAUACAAGUCUGGACCUUCAAGUUGGUGUCGUUAGACCCUUCCUACUGCUGGCCUCUCAGGAUGCAGCCCACGACAUUGACACCCUGCGGAGAUUUAAGGUGUCUCAUGUGCUAAAUGUGGCCUAUGGAGUGACUAACCUGUUCCCAGAUCAGUUGAUUUAUAAGACGCUGCAGAUCCUGGACCUCCCAGACACUGACAUCACUUCACAUGUCGGGGAAUGCAGCUCCUUCAUAGAUCAGGCCCGAGAACAGGACGGUGUGGUGCUGGUCCACUGUAACGCGGGUGUAUCACGCUCUUCCUCCGUUGUCAUUGGCUACCUGAUGUUGAGGGAGGGGCUUUCGUUUGACGAUGCAUACAGCCAGGUGAAAGUGGCGAGGCCCUCAAUUCGCCCCAACCCCGGCUUCUACCAGCAACUACAGGGUUACAAACCUUAAAGCUGCAUUUAUUAUUUUUUUUCCACUUGGGAAACACAACACAUAUACAUAUAUAUUACAUAUCAUGUAACCUUAAUAUAAUAUGGUGAACAAAAGGUUGCUUAUUUACACAUGCAAGCUCAAUAUUACUCUUCUUUUAGCUCUGUUUUGGUCCCAACCAACUCCGGAGGGAAAUAUCUGGAUCUUUAGCUGCUAAAUGCUCCACUGCGUUCGACAGCUAGUCUCUAAUUGUGUCUGUGUUCUGUUUGGUGCUAAACAGGUUGCGUACAGUGGUUUUUUUGGGCUUUUUUACUGAAAGCAGCUGCCUGUAAGAGUGACCCAAAACAGGAAAGUUGCAGGCCGUGUAACCAAAACAUCGAGCUGAAAGAAGCUUAAAGGGGAAUUGCAGAUUUGGUGAUAAUUCUCUUUUCCCACUACACAUAAUCAUUUGAUUCAUUUUAAUGUAAAAAUACUGAUAAGUGCUGCUUCAAGGAACUACAAAUCUGUUCUUCAACUCGAGAAGAAGCCUUACAAAACUACAAUAGUAGUACCACAAUUGUAGUCUCGUACCAAAAGCUGUAGGGCUUUAUGUUUGCUUUUCUCCUACCUGUGAUAAACAACUUUUGAAAACCACCCUGCCAUUUGUCUGCCUUUGUAAUGAUUAUGUUUUAUUAUCAAACCUGAGAAAAAUUUCAAUAAAAUAUAUCAAUUUGCAGCAGGAAGAUAUUUAAACAUUUUAAUGACUCCCUAAACAAUGAUUUUGUUUCUUGAAAGAAAUGCAACACAUAAAUAAUGUGAUAAUGUAUUUACUAAAAUAAAUUGCAAUGCAAAUGCAAGGUGUGCCAUAUGUCUGUCGAUGCACUUGCCCAGUAUGUAUGCAUGUGUUGAAUGGGUAAUUUGUCUAAAAAUAGAGUUGGUAAAUGAAAAA